AUGGAGACUGACGCGCUGGUACCAAGUGGUAGUAUGUAUCAAAGCCCUUCUCCCGUAGAUCUUGGCGCCGUCGGAGGAGAAUUGGGAAGCUUGCCUGAGAAGCUUGGGGGUGUACCUGGUGUCACUUGGAAGUGUGUUCAAGCUGGCAGGCAGCUUCAGCGACAGUACCAAAGUACGGGCACACCGCCAUACAAAGAGAGAAGCGGAAAGGGGAGGAAAGAGGAGCAGAAAAAGAUCAGGUCGAUAUGCUGUGAGGGCAAGUCGGUUUAUCAACUAGAAGAAAUUGGCAUGGAGGAGAAGGAGGAGGAGGAGGAGCUUGCUCCGGGAUCCUACGUCAGGUUUAGGUAG